GAAGCCUGCCACUGCUCCAUUCCUGGUGUCAUUUCAAUGGCCAAAAUGCUGGAAAUCGCUAUCAUGUACACUUUCCUUGCGAUGCGGACGUAUCUUGCGAGAUGAUGGCCUCACACACCUUCCAGGUCAAGCAUAUGAACCGAAAUCACUACGAUUCCGACAAAAGCGACGAGGAGCAAGCCCAAAAUUAUUCCUGGGCCAGCGAAAUUUCUCUGAAUCUGGCCCUUUCGAACGUGUCGUCUAGAAACCUGGGUCGGUUCUUGGAUCACAGUCUUGGAGAGUUCGGAGUCGAUCAGCUACUAGAAGCCGAUGUUGCUUCGUUGGGUCCUGGUAAUUUUGGUCCCGUGGCUCAAACCACGCGCUCACUGACAAGAUCCUUCUUCCGAUUGCAGAAAUAUUUUUGCACAUUCUACAUCUUGAGCGUCAAUAUACCUUCCCAUUUUCAACCUCUCCUUGAGCUGGAUGACCAGCUUCCCAACCACGGCGGCUUUGUUUAUAGCUUAAUCCCCAAGCUCUUGAUGCCUUAUCUCAUCGAAGACUUGCAUCGCAGAUCACCAGCUGCCACAGCUACGUUCUCCAUCGCCGAUCGAGUCGCAGGCCAUCCCGAAACUCCUAUCCGAACAACGUCGAGAGAUAGAUCGUUCGUUUGGAACAUAGCCAGCACUUUGGACAUUGAAGAACGAUCAACUGCACAUACUGAGGUCUGCAAGAAUGCAGGCGUGGAUUCCACGCGGGAUCGAGUCGGACAUGAUUGCGUUCGUGGGUGGAAGAAGAACGAGUGA